CCUCUCUCUCCCCCCUUAUAAUUCUCUUCCCUUUCCGUGUGACGAUUUACAAAUACGAUCGCCCUUUUGGCUGUGCACUUUUAUAUGCAAAGCAAAACAAACUGAGUCUAGUGCUCUCCGCCGCCAACGCUGGAUAUUUCUUGUGCUUAUUCCACUUUGACUACUCAGAUUUCCAAACAUAUUUUGCACCGAUUCUCGGAAGUCAACACGAUGUGGACUGAUCAGAAGCACAACUUAUUUCUCCAACAUUUGGAACUCUCAUUUGUUAAACAACUGCACCAGUCAAUUAGUUUGCUUGAUCAGGACGGGGAAGAAAAAAGCACUACCCUAAUAGAUCAAAUAAAUUUGGCUGGUCGGUUGCAUGGAUGUUGGAAGAUUAAGUGCAAUAGGGGUUAUCCUCUUUCCCAUGUUUCAGUUGAUUCCAUUGGCCAUAAUAAACGUCCUACUAUAUCAGCUCAUGCACCAGAACCUUGGACGCUUUGUAAAGCAGAGAAUGUUGGGGAAGUUGUUAAGCCUAACUGUGAUUUGCAUGACUCCCAUAGAGAGGGUACAGGUCAGAAUUUUGUUGAUGAAGACAAUCAGUCAAACUCAGAUACUGAAUAUCGUGUGAAAAGAACGAAGAUUAUGUUAGCGGAUAAGUGAAGUAAUUCUUUCUUUCUAUAGAGAAAAAUGACAGCUCUAAUCUUGUAGGCUAACCUUUGAGAUCAUCAUCAUCCUUCCAACUUGAAAUUUGCUGCUUUUGAAAGAUGACAACUACGCAAGAGUGGUUGCCACUAGCCAGCUAUUCUUUGAUAUUCGUCUUGCCCAAAUUUAGGAGUCAGAUCCAGGUUUGGUUUGUUUAAAAGUUUUGCGUAAUGUGAUAUACCAUAAUCUUGGCUUCCGACAUCGAUUCGUUUAUUUGACGAGAUUUGGUGUAAAAGUAAGAUUUGUUUGUAGGUAAUAUUUGUAUAUGUGCAUGGCGAAGAGUCAUGUAUAUAUUUAUACUGCCCUUCAUCGGUGGACAGAUUAUAUUUUAAUGUGAAAUGGCUAAUAUGUUAGCCCUUUCUUCCGA